AUGUUCACAGACACCGGAUCCGUCAUUGCCUGCUUGUUCGCUCAAUACGGGUGCAAACAAAUAUUCCUGGGGGACUCUCCGCUUCGAAAUCUUGACGAGUGCCGGCGCAAUAUCUUGGCUGCCCAUCCUUCAGUCCAGGUGUUGGUGAAGGAGUUUGACCGGGCGGAUGAAGCAGACGUCGAGGCGUUCUUCACUGCCGUCGUGCAGUCAUUCACCCGGAUCGACUUUGCCGUCAACCUCAUCUGCCAGGAUCAGAACCCUCGAGCAACUGUCGACAUCUCGGCAGAGGACUACGCCCGGAGCUAUACGGUCUACCAGAGAGGGGCAUUUCUGAUUCAACGGGCCCUUCUACGGCAGAUGCUCAAGCAAGAAAUGGCGCCUGGCUUCGGCAGUCGAAGCAGCAUUGUCAAUGCCGUCGAACUCGGUGCUACGGCGUCCCUGGCUGACCGCCCGCUUUCGGCUGCCGCCGCCAACGCGAUAGUCGGGCUGAGCAAGACAGAUGCCUUCGACUACGCAUCGGACGCGAUUCGGAUCAACUGCGUUGCUGCAGACGAGGCGUUGAGGCCGCAGAAGGGGCUUGGAGUGGGUGAGAAAGGCCCGUUGCGCAGCAUGGAAGGCCUGAGGAACGUUGCCAACGCCGUGGCGUGGCUUUCCUCGCCGGGAUCGGGAUGGCUGACCGGCUUGGUCGUCCCAGUCGACAAAGGCCGCAAUCUCAACUGUGGUUGGUAG